AUGCUAGGCCUCAGUGGUUGGAAACCGCUCUUCUUCUAUACUGCUGCCUUCCUCAACGUAGUAAUCCUCCCCAAGCAUCUCAAGACCGGCGAGACCAAGAUCAAGGGCGCUAUCAAAGCCAUACCAUCCGAUCCCGAGUAUUCCAUUCCCAAGGCGAUUGUCAAGACAGCUUGGGACGGUUGUAACUCCUUGCUUCUCACUUUCGCCCUACUGAACCUUAAGUGGGCCAAACAUGGUGCCCCUGAGCUGAUGGAAGAGAAGCUGGCAGUUUGGAUCAAUGUGAUUAUUUCCCUGUACAUAGGCAUCCCUUACUUCCAGGUCGGCAUGAAGUUGCCUCUCUUUACCCUGUGGGGUGGUCCGGUUCUCACUACGAUGGCUAUGCUUUUGUGA